GCACCAUCCCUCUCUCUCUCUCUCUCUCUCCUCCCCCAACUUUCCCCUCUCUCCCCCUCCCUCCUCGCUGAGCAUCUCCAUGCUAACAUCAACUCCUGUUCUUCUCUGAAUUAUCUCCAUAUGCCCAGAUAAAUUGUUGCUCCUCUCGCCCAUAAUUAUCAUGGGUUCCAUUGGGUUCUUCUUCACUUCUCUGAUCCUGUUGCUUCUUCUUCCCGUUUUGGUCACUGGAGGUGACAUAGUUCAUGAGGAUGACGAAGCCCCUAAGCAGCCAGGAUGCUCCAAUAACUUUGUGCUGGUUAAAGUACAAACUUGGAUUAAUGACAAAGAAGGCAGUGAGUUUGUCGGUGUUGGCGCUCGAUUUGGCCCUCCAAUCGUGUCAAAAGAGAAAUAUGCUAAUCGUAGUCACCUUGCCAUUUCUGACCCUCCUGAUUGUUGUACUACACCAAAAAACAAGCUUGUAGGAGAGGUUCUCAUAGUGCAUCGUGGUAAAUGCAAGUUUACAACAAAGGCAAGGGUUGCUGAAGCUGCUGGGGCUUCUGCUAUACUUAUUAUAAAUAACCGGAAAGAACUAUACAAGAUGGUUUGUGAUAGUAAUGAGACUGAUUUAAAUAUACAUAUACCUGCUGUUAUGCUGCCGCAAGAUGCGGGUUCAAGCUUAGAGAGAGAUCUCAAGAAUGGUGAUGCAGUCUCAGUGCAGUUGUACUCUCCAGAUCGUCCUCUUGUGGAUACUGCAGAAGUGUUUUUGUGGCUCAUGGCUAUUGGUACCAUCUUGUGUGCAUCCAUUUGGUCAGCAUGGAGUGCCUGGGAAGCAUCAAUUGAACACGAAAAAUUAUUGAAGGAUGCACCGGAUGAUUUACUUAAUGUAGAAGCUUUGGGUGUGAGUGGGGUUGUGGACAUCAACACAACAUCAGCAGUUUUAUUUGUAGUUAUUGCAUCAUUCUUCUUGAUCCUACUUUACAAACUCAUGUCCUUCUGGUUUGUGGAGCUUCUGGUGGUCCUCUUUUGCAUCGGUGGAGUGGAGGGGUUACAAACAUGCUUGGUGGCUUUGCUAUCACGGUGGUUUAAAAAUGCUGGGGAAUCAUAUAUAAAAGUGCCCUUUUUUGGAGCUGUUUCAUACCUUACACUGGCUGUUUGUCCAUUCUGCAUAGUGUUUGCUGUCAUUUGGGCUGUUUAUCGUCGUAUAUCCUUUGCUUGGAUAGGCCAAGAUAUUCUGGGUAUUGCAUUGAUUAUUACCGUGCUUCAGAUCGUCCGAGUACCUAAUCUCAAGGUUGGUACGGUUCUCCUCAGUUGUGCCUUCUUAUAUGACAUCUUUUGGGUUUUUGUCUCAAAAAGUUGGUUCCAUGAAAGUGUUAUGAUUGUCGUUGCACGUGGUGAUAAGACUGGAGAGGAUGGUGUGCCCAUGUUACUUAAGAUACCACGAAUGUUCGAUCCAUGGGGUGGAUACAGCAUAAUUGGAUUUGGAGAUAUCCUUUUGCCCGGGCUGCUAAUUGCUUUUUCAUUAAGAUAUGAUUGGGCUGUAAAAAAGAAGCUACGAGCUGGUUACUUCUUGUGGUCUAUGGUGGCCUAUGGUUCUGGUCUCCUCAUCACUUAUGUCGCCUUGAAUUUGAUGGAUGGGCAUGGUCAACCUGCUCUCCUUUACAUUGUUCCUUUUACACUUGGAACUUUCUUGGCAUUGGGGAGAAAAAGAGGUGAACUUCGCAAUCUAUGGACCAAGGGGGAGCCUGAGAGAAUUUGUCCACACAUUCAUCUUCAACCAGAUUCCCAAUAAGAAUGCAAGCUAAAAUGCCUAUGUUUUGCUUCAGAUUCAACCCUAAAGUGUAUUAUACAGGUACAGUAGUAUCCCUGACCUUAGGGAGUACGUUAACUAGUGUAUUGUGGUUAAGUAGAAGACCUUAUAGUCUUGUAAUUGCAUGAAAUGAUUUAUAUGUAGUAGCAAUAUAAUUGAGUCUUGAUCUCAUACCCCAAAGUCUGAGGGCAUGAUACAGAACUACAUUGUACAAUGAGCUUUGUAGCUAUUGAUGGGAGAAACUUGAUUAUUUCGAUAAACAAAGUGUACAAAUGAUAUAUAAAUACGGCAAGUACAAAUACUGCAAA